AUGGCUUCAACCCUCGCCAACGAGUCGGGAGGCUCAGAUGAGGCUGCAACACAGCUUCAGCACGAACGCCCGGCCUCUUCCGUCCUGGAACUGGACAAGAUAGACAAGAUCGACCGGGCCAGCUCCGUGGCGACGAGCAUGGACGUUCCUGCGGGCGGGCCAAAUGCGCAUCAUCUGCCCCUCGGUGUAGGCAACCACCUGAGCCUCGACGAUGUUGCGCCCGUUGAUGUUCAGAUCCGAAAUCUUAACGUCACCGUGGAUACAUCCCCUUCCAUACUGGAGCCGGACACAUACCCAGCGUUGCUUAAGGACCGUUUCGGCGGCUCCAAGGCUAAGCCCGACCCAGCAUCGUACACCAAACACCUGCUGUCGACCGUAUCCGCAUCUCUCGUACCUGGCACACUUACCGCUAUUCUGGGAGGUUCUGGCUCAGGCAAGACGACACUGCUGAACACCAUUUCCUCCCGUAUAGCCUCAUCUCGCCUCAGCCAGUCCGGCAGCAUCCUCUUCAACUCCCAGCCCAGCAUUGACGCCAUCCGCUCGGCAUACGUGACCCAGACCGACAGUCUGCUGCCGACCCUGACGGCGAGGGAGACGCUCCAGUAUUCAGCCGACCUCCGCCUCCCGCCGCCCUCGACGGCGGCCGAGCGCCAGCGCGUCGUGGAGGAGGUCAUCAUGGAGCUAGGGCUGAAGGAGGCGGCCGACACUCGCGUCGGGAGCACCACGCACCGCGGACUGUCGGGCGGCGAGAAGCGACGCGUCUCGAUCGGCGUGCAGAUGCUGGCGAACCCGAGCGUGCUGUUUCUGGACGAGCCGACCACGGGCCUCGACGCCAGCAGCGCCUUCCAGCUCGUCCGCACGCUCAAGAACCUCGCCGCCAAGGGCCGCACCGUCAUCGUCACCAUCCACCAGCCGCGCUCCGAGAUUUGGGGCCUGUUCGACAACCUUAUCCUGCUGUCGCGCGGCGCGCCCGUCUAUUCAGGCCCGACGGCCGAGUGCCUGCCAUGGUUCGAGGAGCUGGGCUUCAGGACGCCGCCUUUCGUCAACCCGGCCGAGCACCUGGUCGACCUCGCGGCCGUGGACAACCGCACUCCGGAGCUGGAGACUGAGAGCUUGGAGCGGGUGGAGAGGCUCAAGGGCGCAUGGCGAGAGGAGAACGAGAGGCGCUUUGCGCCGACGGAGAAGGGAGCAGAAGCGCCAGCGACAGAGCGCGGGAUGGCACUGAGGCGGCACACGAACGCGACGUCCUUCGCCCGCCAGAUGCGCGUAAUGACCUCGCGCACCUUCAAGACGACAUACCGAGACCCGAUGGGCAUGAUGGCGGCGAUAUUGCAGGCAGUCGUGAUGGGACUGUGCACGGGGUACAUCUUCUACCAGCUGGGGCGGGACCAGGCCGGCAUCCGCUCGCGGCAGGGCUUUCUGUACACGACAAGCGCGCUCGAGGGCUACCUGUUCCUCGUCUUCGAGGUCUACCGCCUCACGCAGGAGAUCGGCGUCUUCGACCGAGAGCACGGCGAGGGCUGCGCCACCGCCUUGCCGUUUCUCGCGUCCCGCCGCCUGGCAAGAUUCAUCACAGAGGACUUCCCCGUGCCGCUCAUCUUUUCGGUCAUCAGCUACUGGAUGGCCGGGCUGGACCAGCACCCGCAGCGCUUCCUGACGUACUUUGGUAUCGUGCUGCUCAACCACUACAUUGCUGUCACCUGCGCCAUGUGCUGUGUCACGGCUAGCAGGAACUUCCCUGGUGCGAGCCUUAUUGCCAAUCUGGCGUAUACGUUGCAGUCGAUGGCAUGCGGGUAUUUCAUCCAGAGUAACAGCAUCGCAGUGUGGCUGCGGUGGUUGAAGUACUUGACUUAUACGUACUACGUCUUCAGCGCCCUCUGCGGAAACGAGUUCCACGACUCGUUCUAUGACUGCCCUUAUCCCGGUGGCGAGUCCAAUCCAUCUUGCGCUCCUUUCACCGGCGCGUAUAUCCUAAAGUCACUGGGGUUCCCCAAGGAUUGGCUGAUAGCGCCCAUUGUAAUAGCACUAGCCUUCGUGAUCUUCUUCUACACCUUGUCUUGGAUCGGCCUCACCUUCGUCAAGAAGGAAAUGACCAUCGCCCGAGCCCGCGUGUCAGAGCACGAUUACUCCGCAGGCAAGGAGAAACUGGCCGCACGGUCAAUAGAAGAAAUUCGGACCAUUGAUCUUGGGCUGGAAAAGUUCGCACUCGAUUUGGACAAGAGGUCGCCGUGGGGAAAGAAACUGCCUAGGAAGACCAUUCUGCACCCAGUAACGGCGACGUUUGAGGCGGGAAAAUUGAAUGUGAUCAUGGGCCCUAGCGGGAGUGGCAAGACGUCCCUAUUGAACGCCAUGGCGUUGCGGCUCAACAGCACGCUUGGCACCAAGUACCGCCCGUCCGGCAAGUUGACGUUCAACGGCGCAGAGCCUUCUGACUCAGUCAUUCGCUCCGUGUGUUCUUACGUCUGCCAGGAUGACGAUGCUCUUCUCCCGUCCCUAGCUGUGCGCGAGACAUUGCGCUUCGCGGCUGGUCUCCGUCUGCCGAGUUUCAUGAGCAAGGAAGAGAAGAAUCGUCGGGCUGAGGAGGUACUGCUGAAGAUGGGUUUGAAGGAUUGUGCGGACAACCUCAUUGGCAACGAGCUGGUGAAGGGUAUUUCUGGUGGUGAGAAGCGCCGUGUCACAAUUGCUGUCCAGAUUCUGACAGAUCCUCGUAUCUUGCUUUUGGACGAACCGACCAGUGGGUUAGAUGCCUUCACGGCCAGCUCGAUCAUGGAGGUCCUGCGUGGUCUUGCCGCUGAGGGUAGGACUCUGAUCUUGUCGAUCCAUCAAGCCCGGUCCGACCUGUUCAGCCACUUUGGCAAUGUGCUGCUGCUUGCUAGGGGCGGCAAGUCGGUGUACAGCGGGGCAGCCGGUGAGAUGCUGGGGUACUUUGCACGCGUGGGCAAGGAGUGUCCUCGCAAUACCAACCCUGCGGACUUUGUGAUGGACCUCAUCACGGUCGACCUGCAGCAACAAACUCGGGAGGAGGAGACGAGGAAGUCAGUCAACGUGUUGAUUGAAGCGUGGGAUAAGAACCUCCAGAACCCCCAAGUUUCCGAUACACCUGGACCAUCGGCCCAAGAGAGGCUGGAGCCCAUCACCGAGGAGAAGACCAGCGGAUCCCCACGGCCGUCCCGAGACAACGCCACCACCACCGCCCAACAAGGCCAGCCCCGACGAUCCAACGGCAAGAGCCACCUCGCCACGCCCGCCGAGCUUGGCGCGCUCGUCCGCAAGCGAACAUCGUUCAUAACAUCCUUCCCGCUCCUCCUCCACCGCGCGACCAUUAACUUCCGGCGGCAGCCACCCCUUAUCAUGGCACGGCUGAUGCAGGUAGUAGGUCUGGCGGUGGUGCUGACAGCUUUCUUCGCACCGCUCAAAUCAGACUACACGUCGGUGCAGAACAGGGUCGGGUUCGUGCAGCAGGUUGGGUCGUUCUACUUCGUAGGGAUGCUGCAGAACGUCGCGGUGUACCCGGCGGAGCGAGACGUCUUUUAUCGCGAACAUGAUGACGGGGCAUACGGCGUGGAGUCCUUCCUGCUGACAUACACGGCGCUAGAGCUGCCGUUCGAGAUCGUCUCGACGCUGAUCUACGGCGUGCUGGCGGACCUGGCGGUCGGGUUCCCGCGCACGGCCGAGAUGUACUUCGUGUGCGUGUUCGCGUGCUUCGGUAUCGUCAGCUGCGGUGAGAGCCUGGGGAUCAUGUUUAACACGCUCUUCUCCGACCACACCGGCUUCGCCGUCACGCUUACCAGCAUCUUGCUGUCUGUUGCUAAUAUCAUGGCUGGCAUCAUGAGCAUUGACAUGCCUGCCCUCUUCGACGCCUUCAAUUACAUCAGCCCUUGCCGCUAUGCGGUGCGCGCCCUGGCGCCUGUCAGCCUGCGGGGCCAGCGGUUCAGUUGUGAUGCGGACCAGAGGUUGCCUGAUGGGAGUUGCGUGCUUGGGACGGGCGAGCAGGUGCUGGAUCUUUACAAGCUGAAUGUGGACGUCGUGGUAAAUAUUGCUGCGCUGGCCGCUAUGAUCGUUGCGUACCGGCUUGUGGCAUGGCUUUUGUUGAGGUUGGUUCGCACUAAAUGGGAGAGGAAGGGGAAGAAUGUUAACCAGAGGCGAGGUCGUGAUACCUCUUCUUUUGAUGCGCAUUCUAUGGAAUAA